AUGAGCUGCUGGGGCAUGUGUCGUGCUGCUGUGGCAUGUGCUGCUGUGGCAUGUGUUGCUGUGGCAUGUGCUGUGCUGCUAGGGCAUGUGCUGUGCUGCUGUGGCAUGUGCUGUGCUGCUGUGGCAUGUGCUGCUGUGGCAUGUGUUGUUGUGGCAUGUACUGCUGUGGCAUGUGCUGCUGUGGCAUGUGUUGCUGUGGCAUGUGCUGUGCUGCUGUGGCAUGUGCUGCUGUGGCAUGUGCUGUGCUGCUGUGGCAUGUGCUGUGCUGCUGUGGCAUGUGCUGUGCUGCUGUGGCAUGUGCUGUGCUGCUGUGGCAUGUGCUGUGCUGCUGUGGCAUGUGCUGUGCUGCUGUGGCAUGUGCUGCUGUGGCAUGUGCUGUGCUGCUGUGGCAUGUGCUGUGCUGCUGUGGCAUGUGCUGUGCUGCUGUGGCAUGUGCUGUGCUGCUGUGGCAUGUGCUGUGCUGCUGUGGCAUGUGCUGCUGUCAGGACUCAGAAUUGCCUCACGCCAAGCGCAACAUGGCAUGCAUGCAUAGUGCACACGCUGCAGUUAGGUGUUAUUGCCAAUACCUCUCGCGGACAUCCAAAGGAGCUGCAGUGA